AUGGCGGCGCAGAAGAAACCCCAAGCUUUUCAAGAGCAGGAAAAUCAGGAACCCAUUCCGCUGAAGAGCUUCCUGAAGUACGCGAACAUGUUCUACCUGUCGAUCGGAAUGCUGGCCUACGAUCGCAAGGACAGUGGCCAGCGGAGGGAGCUUCUGCUGCACUCGUGCUUCGUUGCCCAAAUGGUGAACCUGAAUGCGGUGCUCCUCUCGGAAGUGAUCUACGUGUUCCUGGCGAUCGGCAGUGGCAGCAACUUCCUGGAGGCCACCAUGAACCUGUCGUUCAUCGGAUUCGUGGUCGUCGGGGACCUCAAGAUCUGCCACAUCUGGCGGCAGAGGAGCCGUCUCACCCAGGUGGUCAGCGAACUGGAGAAACUGCACCCGGAACGGUUGGAUCAACAGGAGCCUUAUAAUAUGAAGCAUCACCUCAAUGGAUACAGUCGCUAUAGCGUCUUCUACUUCGGGUUGCACAUGGUGCUGCUCUGGACCUACAACCUCUACUGGGCCGUCUACUACUUGGUCUGUGACUUCUGGCUGGGAGUGCGGAAGUUCAAGAGGAUGCUCCCGUACUACUGCUGGGUUCCCUGGGAUUGGAGUACUGGACUCAGCUACCACCUGAUGUACAUCUCCCAGAAUUUGGGUGGGCAGGCGUGCUUUUCUGGCCAACUGGCGGCCGACAUGUUGAUGUGCGCCCUGGUUACCCUGCUGGUGAUGCACUUCCUGCGCCUUUCCAAGCACAUCGAGGAGCAUGUGGCGGGAUUGGUUACACCUCAGCGGGACUUGGAGUUCCUCCAGGCGGCGGUGGCCUACCACCAAAGGCUGCUGCUCCUCUCCCAGGACAUCAGCGAGAUCUUCGGAGUCCCGCUGCUGUGCAACUUCGGGUCCUCCGCCUUCGUCAUGUGCUUCGUGGGGUUCCAGAUGACCGUUGGCGGCAAGAUUGACAGCCUGGUGAUGCUCAUCCUCUUCAUCUUCUGCUCCAUGGUGCAGGUCUUCAUGCUCGCCACCCAUGCCCAACGUUUAAUCGAUGCUAGUGAGCAUAUUGGUCAGGCGGUCUACAACCACGACUGGUUCAAUGCAGAUCUGCGCUACCGCAAAAUGCUAAUCCUGAUUGUCAAGAGAGCCCAGCAACCGAGUCGCCUGAAGGCCACAAUGUUCCUAAAUGUGUCACUGGUCACAGUGAGCGAUCUAUUGCAACUCUCCUACAAAUUCUUCGCCCUCCUGCGCACAAUGUAUAGCACCUGA